CCUCGUGUCCCCUCCCCUGAUGUCCCCCCGCUGCCGUUUUGGGUGCAGAAAGAGGUGAUCCAGGCGCUGCCCAAACUCAUCAAGCUCAACCCCAUCGUGGUCAAGGAGGUCUUCAACUGUCUGCUGGGGAUGCAGCACAGUGACAGUGCCUCAGCCGUGUCCCCACUGAACCCGGGAGAGCUGCUCAUCGCCCUUCACAACAUCAACUCCUCCAAGUGUGACAUGAAGUCCAUCAUCAAGGCCACCAACCUGUGCUUCGCUGAGUGGAACAUGUACACCUCGGAGGUGCUGGCGGUGGUGAUGCAGCAGCUGAUGGAGCAGAACCCAUUGCCCAUGUUGUUGAUGCGAACCAUCAUCCAGGCCCUCACCAUGUACCCCCACCUGGGCGGCUUCGUCAUGAACAUCCUCUCCCAGCUCAUCAUGAAGCAGGUGUGGAAGUACCCCAAAGUCUGGGAAGGUUUCAUCAAGUGUUGCCAGCGCAUGAAGCCCCAGUCCUUCCAGGUGGUGCUGCAGCUGCCCCCCCAGUUGGCCGCCAUCUUCGACAAGUGCCCCAAACUGUGCAAGCCUCUCCUCAGCCACAUCUGGGCCCUCACCCCCCACCAGCAAGCCCACAUCCCACUCUCCACCAUGGCCAUCCUGGAGGCCUCUACCCACCAUGAGCCUGACUCCCGGGAGGGGCCGCCCGGAGAGGAGAAGCCCCCGAAGCCCCCGAGCGAGGAGGAGGCAAAGGGGAAGGCUAUGCCCUCAGCCCCGGGGGGGUCCCAGCAUGGGGCCGACCUCGAGCCCCCCCCCAUCUUCAUCAUCAGCAUUCCUGAGGAUGAGGAGAGCUUGGGGGGGGGCCACGUCCCCCCCAAUGCCACCCUUGACACCCCUAUGGCUCCCCCCAAGGGAGUGCGGUCACAGUCUAGGGGUGGGCGUGGCCUGGGCGGGUAG